AUGACUUUUAAUAAAAAAGAGUACAAUCUGAGCCCAAUGCUCGCCAAGGGGCUGGAGGAAGGAGGGUUCAAAGAGCCAAAGCCAGUGCAGAGCAAAAUAAUCCCCAUGGCUCUGGCGCGCAAGAACAUCGUGUGCUCAGCUGCAACGGGAUCUGGUAAGACUCUUGCCUUCCUUGUUCCUGCUGUGGAGAUACUGCUGCGCGCCAAAUGGUCGCGUGCUGAUGGAUUGGGCGCUGUAAUAAUCACGCCCACAAGAGAGCUUGCUCUGCAGAUCUUUUCAGUGCUGCAGGUGAUAGGAAGGAAUACACACUUGAGUGGCGGCCUGCUCAUAGGAGGAAGAAGCGCAGAAAGAGAAAAAGAGUUGGUUGGUGAGCUGAACAUUGUAGUGUGCACGCCUGGUAGACUGCUGGAGCACCUGGAGAACGCAUGGAACUUCAGUGGCGACAAUAUACAGUGUCUGGUGAUUGAUGAAGCAGACAAGCUGAUGGAAAUGGGGUUCAAAGAAACAGUUGAAAAAAUACUCGAAUACAUGACCAAAAAAAGACAGACACUUUUAUUCUCUGCAACGGCUGAUUCGAUUGCACAGGCCAGAAAACUCUGGGACAUUGAGUCGCCGGAGUUUGUGUCAAUCAGCAGUAAGCCAGCGGAAGAAGAGGGCGUGCGAGCUCUGCAGCACUUUGCACACAUCACUACGCCCGCACAGAAGCUAGAUCUGCUUUAUGCCACCAUCAGAGACAACAGAAAAAAGAGAAUUAUCGUGUUUUUGUCGACGUGCAAGGAAGUUACGUUCUACUGCACUUUGAUAAAAAAAAUGCGCAUUGGCCUGGCCUCCAUCCACCUAAGCGGGAAUAUGUCGCAGAAUAAAAGAGUGGAGACGUACUAUAAGUUCAGCGAGAAAGAGCCCAAAGUUCUCUUCUGCACAGACAUUGCAGCGCGAGGGCUGGACUUCACAGGAGUAGAUAUAGUCCUGCAGCUAGAUGCCCCUGAGUCCAAGGAGACGUACAUCCACCGAGCAGGAAGAACGGCAAGAAACGGAGCAAAGGGAAAGAACAUCCUUGCAGUCUCGCCGCACGAAGUGAACAUUUUGAAAGACUUGGAAGAAAUAGACGGGUUCCCGCAAGAAGUAGUCAAGUACAAAGGAAGAAGAUCAGUGGAGGAGAGGGUCAAAGGGAUCAUAAAACAGGUCCCAGAGAUAUACCUACUGGCUCAGAAGUACGUUAAAACGUACAAGGGAUUCUUACGGGUGUCAAAGAAAGAGUAUGUGGCAGAUAAGGAGAAAGCGCUGCAGGAACUGAUCGAAUAUCUUGGGGUACAGGAGGAUGAAAAUGUCUCGUGGUCAGGAGAGGGCAAGAAAAAGCCGCAGCUGCUGAAUAAACACACAAAACUAGAUUAA